AUGGCGGACGAAAUGGUGAUCGAGUUACGACACCGGGACUGGUCCGUCGUCGGCAUCCAUGGGGCGAAGACGAGAGACGAGCGACAGAAGGCGCUGGACGCGUUCAAGUCGGGCUCUUCGAGCAUUCUGGUGCUGGACCGACGUUGCAGCUCAGCAGCUGGACGUCGACCGAACGUUGUCGGCAUUGCGGAGACGGGGUCGCACAAAAUGCUUGCCUACGUCCUCCCGGCCGUCAUACACGACAGCCGGCACCCGCCCCGGCAGCGGCAUGAAGGACCCAUCGCCGUCCUUCUGGCCCCGACGCGCGAGGUGGCCAAGCAAAUUCACAGCAUGGCCUACGAGCUCGGCAAGCAUGCCGCGGAGCGCAUUGUGUGCGCAGCGAACGGCGAGCGGAAGAAAAGCAAGUACGCCGAGCUCCAGGGGGGCUGCCAUAUCUUCGUGGCCACACCUCGAUGCCUCAUCGAGUUCCUCGAGGAAGGCCAGGUAAACCUCCACCGGUGCACGUACCUUGUGUUCGAUGAAGUGGACCGCAUGCUGUCUAUGGGCUACCAGCGCCAUGUUCUCAAGAUCGUGGAGCUUUGCCGACCGGACCGCCAAACGUUAAUGUGGGCCACAUCCUAG